UCUAUGUGGUAAUUUGGAAAGUUUCGGGUCCCACUUAUGGUAUUUAACCCGAGGUCGAACGUCGUUUCAAUUCAGCGAUAUGAACCCGAUUGCAACUGGCACUGACGCUGUUUUACCAAACUGAAAAAAAAAAAGAAACAUUAGGUCAAUUAUUGCACCAAUGCAGCCCGACCCUGUGGACCGGAAGCAGGCCGAGUCCAACUACUAUUCGACACCCGAUUUGUUUUCAGACGAGCACGCGAGUAAUCUACCGGACAAUCACGGAUUUCUCAGACGUACCACUUUGCUGCUUUCUCGGUAUGGGAUUGAAACGCAUGGCAUCACUCCAGUGCCAGCGGAGGAACGCCUCGAGACUCGCUGGUACCAAAUGUUUUUCGUCUGGUUCUCUUCUAACAUGAAUAUCUUGGCAUUCGGCACUGGUACUGCUGGACCUGCAUUUUUUUCCUUGGGAGUUCGCGACUCUAUAAUCAUCAUCGUGAUCGUUAACCUGGUAUCGUGUUUGUUGCCUGCUUUCUUUGCUGUUUUCGGGCCAAAGCUUGGAAUGCGAGCUAUGGUACAAGCAAGGUUCUCGUGGGGGUAUUUUGGUGCGAUCAUACCAGCCGUCCUGAAUGUUUUCUCCUUGGAAGGAUUCCUUAUCUUAAACUGCAUCAUUGGUGGACAAACGAUAGCAAGCUUGUCUCCUCAACUUGACGAUACUCUCGGAAUUGUCAUCAUCAGUAUCAUAUCUCUUAUGGUCACUUUUUGUGGAUACCGUGUUAUUCAUUGGUACGAAAGUAUUGCGUGGAUUCCAAAUGUAGUUGCCUUUAUCACCAUGCUGGGUGUCGGUUAUCCGCAACUACGCGAAAACCAAUUAGCUCCCGUUCCUCCAGUAACACCUGCCAAUAUCAUCUCUUUUACGUCCUUAAUUGCGUCUAAUAUUAUCGGCUGGUGUCCCAUGAUCCCCGACUAUGGCGUGUACCAUAGCCCUGAUGCUUCUUCUACGAGGAUUUUUAUCUACACGUAUCUUGCGUUUUUCACCGCUAGUGUGACUGGCCAAGCUCUAGGUGCUGCAUUCGCAGCCGCAGCUCCGAGCGUGCCUGCUUGGAACGCAGGGUUUGACAACAGCUCUUCCGUCGGUGGCUUGUUUUACAGCGUGUUGUUACCUACUGGCGUAUUCGGAAAAGUCCUGACUGCUUUGGUUGCUCUCAGCAUACCCAGCGCCUGCGCACCAACGAUGUAUACGUUCAGCAACAGUUUCAUGGCAAUAGCUACGCGGUUUGGUGCGGUGCCUAGAUGGGUGUAUAUCCUCAUCUCAGAAGGAAUUCUCAUACCAAUGGCCGUUGUUGGUGCGAAAAGGUUUUACACCACCGUUGUUGACGUACUUGACAUCGUUGGCUACUGGUCAUCAAUCUUUGCUGCGAUAAUCCUCACAGAACACGUAUUAUUCCGACGAGCCUCGUUUUCUGAGGAUCAAUAUCCCAUCACGACUUGGGCUUCGUAUGCUCUCUUACCUAGCGGUAUUCCAGCGGUUGUGGCCUUCGUAUGCGCCGGUGGAGCACUUGUUCCAUUCAUGUCACAAGCUUGGUAUGUAGGACCCGUGGCGAGGCAGGGCAGUGGAGACGUUGGUGUGUUCGUAGGGUUUGUGGUGGGAGCUAUCACUUACGCGUUGGCGAGGAGUUUCGAGGGGAUGUGGUACAAAAAGGCGAUGAGUAAAUCAGAGGUUUAUUAGUCGCUUCAGAUUCUCCGAAGGUUUUGAUGCUAGAGUUCUAUGAUGGACAGCAAGUACAUAUCAGGUCAAUGCUCGAAAUCGUUCUCAUGACCAGAUGAAUUCUCAAUCGCAUCGGUAAACAUCUUAACCCCAGUCACAUCGAGAACGCCAUCGUCCUGCGCUAGAUAUGCCUCUCAAAUCUCAUUAUGCCUUGCUGGGACAGGGGAGUUCAACCUCCAAGUCACGUCUCGUGGAUCCAACGUUCGGGAGCACUGCUCUCUAAAAUCCUGCGGGGGUCGUACUGGGUCGUAGGAAUUCAGAAUCGUGACAGGUUGUUGUACUAUGCCGGACGCGGGGGCAGGUUCUAGCGCUACGGUUAACACUAAGGUGAUGUUACUCAGAAACUUACUUACUCUAUGGUAACCUCGUGAGACACGAGCUGUUUGGUUUCCGAGGCUCGUCUCUAGACUAUGGAGGACGGAAGUAUAACCUGGCU